AUGGAGGGACUUGGCACAUGGACGCAGCUCAACUGGAUACGCAAAGGAAGAAGGAGAAGCCAUCUUGAAGACCAGCUCGACCGUCUACUCGACCAACCGAAGCUAGCUGAAAUAAACUCUAAGAUCGAGAACCUCAACACAAGGGUUUACUCUCUGGAGAAUCAUGCUUCUUCUGUUGCUGCUGCUACAAAGCAAGGACAACUACCUGGUAAAGCUAUUCAGAACCCCAAGGAACAGUGCAAGGUCAUCUUCACUCAAGAAGGACUUGUUGAAGAAGAGGAUCAAGAAAGGGUCAUUGAAGAUUUUUGUUUACUGCUGAAUGAUGAAGAGAUUGUUGCUGCUGAGGCUCCUGGAGUCCAGAUUGAUCAACCAGAAGUGCAUGCACCUACUGUGGCCAUUCACACUUCACCAGUUGAGCUCGCACGACAAGCUCGAUCGGCAGCUCGAUCGAGUCCAACUCUAGCUCGAUCGAGUCCGACCUCUUCUGUCCGACAGCCUGUUUUGCUUGAUCCUUAUCAACCGGUUGCCGCUUCCUCGUCUCGCCUACUUAGUCAAGGUCACAAGGAAGUGAUUCACAAGUUCAGAAGAGAUCUCAGUGGGAUUGGAAUUGAGUUGCCUCCUAUGGAUAGCAUGAGUGAGGCAUUUGAUCAAAUGCAAAUGGUCAAGGAUGUUCUAGCCAACAGUGAUAAAGUUUCAGAGGUCCUACAAGAGUCUACUCAUCAGUUCAACCUGCUUACUUCACCCACCUUCCUACCAAAGGUCAAGGAUCAAGGGAAAUUCACUCUCCCUUGCACACUUGGGCAUCUUGAGAUUGACAAUGCCUUAGUGGAUUCUGGAGCAAGCAUCAAUCUGAUCUCUCUCUCCAUGGCAGAGAAGCUAGGCAUUGCUGGAGCCUUGCAGCGCCCUACUACUUCAAUCAUGUUUGGAGAUGCAACUUCUAAGUCUCCUCUUGGAGUGUUCAAGAACUAUCACUUGAAAAUUGGAGAAUGCAUCAUCCAAACUGAUCUCACUGUGAUGGAAAUGGAAGAAGAGAAGGAUUUACCUCUGUUAUUGGGAACCCCUUUCCUUAGUACAGUUGGCGCUUCAAUAGACUUUCACAAGCAAGAAGUGAUCCUUCACAAGGUGAAUAGUUUGGUGUCAUAUCGCUUGCAGCCUAGAGGUUCAGACUUUUGUGCCACAAUUGACAGUACCAAUCUCAGUUCUAAGAGUCAUGGAGCUACAAAGGUUGUGAAGGAAAGGGUUGACAAGGAACCAAGAGUUGGGAAGGAUAAGGAUGAGAGAGGACCAAGGAUUGAGAAGCCACGUCUUGAGAGGGCUAGAGUUGAGAAACCACGAUCUGAUAGGCCAAGAGCUGAGAGACUUGUUCAAGCCCCUUGUGUGCUUGAUGAAGAGAGCCUUCAAGCUUUGUUUGAUGAGCCACUAGGAAGGGCUCUAAAAGAAGGGGAGGAUGCAGCCUCUAAGGCAAGACCAGGAGAUAAAAGAAAGGAUCCACCAGCUCAGGCCCCUUCAGUCAAGCCAUCUCAGCUCACAAUGACUUUGUUCCCCACCAAGUUUGAAAAUGGGAAGAUUGAGUACAAGAUAAGGUACAAGGGGAGAUCAAGGCCAUUCUCUAGAGCCAAGGCCUUGGUGACUUCAGAACAGUCCAGGGACCCAACCAAGCUAAAGGAGCUUCUGUCUCAAGUCCUCACUAUCACCCUUGAUGGUGGGACUAGCUCAACCAAUGCCUAA